GUGAUUUCUUGGUUCUUUCCGUUUCCGGCAAACAUGAGCGUUUUGUGACAGUUGUGUUUGUGACCGGCGUUUGGUAAUUAAAAAAUAAGUGAUAUAUUUUUGCAAGUUGACUAUUGUACGGUGUUGUAACAAUGCUGGUCCUAUUUGAAACGGCGGCGGGUUACGCACUUUUUAAACUUCUAGACGAAAGUAAGCUCCGGGAGGUAGAUAAUUUAUAUCAUGACUUCAAUUCGCCAGAAUCGGCGGGGAGGGUAGUUAAGUUAAAACACUUCGAAAAGUUUCAAGACACCACCGAGGCUUUAGCAGCAACAACUGCAGCAGUUGAGGGAAAAAUUUCAAAAAGUUUAAAGAAAGUCUUGAAAAAACACAUCGAUAAAGAGUUGCAGGAUAAGCUUUUAGUUGCUGAUGCAAAAUUAGGAUCUGCUAUUAAGGAAAAAUUUGAUCUACAAUGUCUUUCAAAUACCGCAGUUCAGGAGCUUAUGCGGUGCAUUCGUUCGCAACUCGACAGUCUCAUCACGGGGUUACCUAAAAAGGAAAUGACCGCAAUGGCGUUAGGUUUGGCCCAUUCGUUAUCACGGUACAAGUUGAAAUUUUCACCAGACAAAAUUGAUACUAUGAUAGUUCAAGCUGUAUCCUUGCUUGAUGAUCUAGACAAAGAAUUGAACAAUUACAUAAUGAGGUGUCGUGAGUGGUAUGGUUGGCAUUUUCCUGAACUUGGUAAAAUUAUUACAGACAAUGUAACUUUCGUUAAGACCGUGAAAAUAAUUGGAACCCGUGAUAAUACCAGUAGUUCAGAUUUGUCAGAUAUUCUUCCUGAGGAAGUAGAGGAGAGAGUUAAAGAAGCAGCUGAAAUAUCAAUGGGAACAGAGAUUUCAGACGAUGACAUCAUGAAUAUACAGAACUUGUGUGACCAAGUUAUUGAAAUUUCAAAUUAUCGUAGUCAGUUGUAUGACUACUUGAGGGCAAGGAUGAUGGCAAUGGCCCCCAAUUUGACAACGUUGGUGGGAGAUUUGGUUGGAGCGCGACUGAUUUCCCAUGCGGGGUCAUUGAUUAAUUUAGCGAAACAUCCAGCUUCAACAGUACAAAUUUUAGGCGCUGAAAAAGCGUUGUUUAGGGCCCUCAAAACAAAGAAAGACACUCCUAAGUAUGGUUUGAUUUAUCACGCUCAAUUGGUUGGACAGAGUAGUACGAAAAAUAAAGGUAAAAUGUCUCGAAUGUUGGCGGCGAAAGCGGCUUUAGCUACACGCGUCGAUGCAUUGGGAGAAGAUGGCAAUUUUACUUUAGGAGCUGAACACAAAGCGAAGUUAGAAGCUCGCCUGAGGAUACUGGAAGAGGGCAAUUUAAGGAGGAUAAGUGGGACAGCGAAAGCUAAAGCUAAGUUUGAAAAAUAUCAGGGCACAUCAGAGGGUCAACAGUAUCCGGCUGCGGCAGAUUCAACAUUACCGUCUACAUCAAAGAGGAAGAGGUUAGAUUCAGAAACAAAGGACACUUUAAAUUCGACUCAAGACACUCCUAAGCAGAAAAAGAAGAAAAUUAAGACAGAAGUUGGUGCUGAUUUUGAAACUCCUGUCGAGCAGGAGGAUAGUGUAAAUGCUGCAGAUGAAAAUGGAGAAAUCGUUAAAAAGAAGAAGAAGAAAAAGAAGGUGAAGCAAGAAGUAGAGGAAAUUAAGGUGGAAGAAGUUGAAAUUAAACUAGAGGAAGAGGUUAGUCCUGAAAAGAAAAAAAAGAAGAAAAAGAAACACCUAGAGCCACAACCUGAAGUUGUUGAAGAACCUGUCUCUGAAAAGAAAAAAAAGAAGAAGAAAAAGGAGAUUGUUGAAGCUGAAGAUGAAUAAGUUAAGAUUGUAUGAAUAGGGGGCGAUUUUUUAUUAAAGAUUGGGUAUAUUAUAAAGAGAAAGCCAUCAUAGAUGUAAACUUUUAUUUUUACAACUUAAAUAUUCCUAUAAAUAAGUGAAUGUUAUUACACUACCGCAGUGUAAUUAGCUUUGCAGUAAACUAAAAAGAAAUUACAUAUUAUUGACAAAUGA